GAGAAUCACUGCACGCUGCGGCAAUGUUGGGCGGCGGCAGCGUUGCAGGCGGUGGCGGUGGUGGAGCUGGAGGAGGCGGCACAGCAACAAUAACAGCAACACCAUUUGCCAGCAUAUCAGGACAGGCGAGCGGAUCGACAGCACCACCGCCCACAGCUGGCACCAGCAAGCGUAAAAAAGCCACCAAGCAAAAGCGUUGAGAAAACGCCAAAAGCUCAGAUAACUCCAACAAAGCCAACGCCGACGCCGACGCCAACAUCAACGCCAACGUCAACGUCAACGCCGCCAUUCAAUUUCGCUUCAACUCAAAGCACUGGAAGCGCAAGUUGAAACAGUUUCACUUGUUAUUGUCCAAACCAA